AUGUGGCGUGCGUGUCUUGGUAAACACCAUGCGAGCCCAGCCGAGGAGCCCGCUGAGGUCUGCUACUUCGUGGACCGCAUCGUGACCCACCACAGCUACAGCUACCCCCAGGACUAUGACAUCUCCAAUGACAUUGCCCUCGUCCACCUGGCUCAGAAGGCCUACACGACCAGAGAGAUAAGCCCCAUCUGUCUCCCCGAGGAUGACAAAGUCCUUCCCGAGGGGACGCGCUGCUAUGUGACCGGGUGGGGUGAUGCGAGAGGUGAGGUGUUCUCCAUGGUGUCCCGCCCUCUGACCCAGGCAGCCCUGCCCCUGGUUUCCCUGGAGACCUGCAGACAGCCCCAGUAUUGGUGGGAUGGGGUGUGGUCCUCUAUGAUCUGUGCAGGCUACGAGUCCCCUGAUGAGUUCAAGUCGGCCUGCCAGGGUGACUCCGGAGGACCCCUGGUGUGCCGUCCCGAGGGCGGCAUUUCCACCUGGGAGCUCCACGGUGUGGUGACCUUCGGCCCCCGUAGCUGCGCUAAAGACAGCAAACCCUCCGUCUUCACCCGCGUCUCCGCUUUCUCUCGCUGGAUCCGGGGCGAGAUUGAGCGCUUCGCCCACGAGAGAUCCUCUCUAGCCAACUGAAGAUGAAGCCCGCACUACACCAUCCCUGGUUAGGGUGACAGUGUCGGACGAACUCCUUGAAAACC